CAUACAGAUCAUGAAGCAACUAAUGCCUCGCAAGAUUAUGAAAGAAAUUCAGGUGCUUCUUCAGCAUCUAAUACUUGUCCAAAUACAACAAUUUCGUCUCUAGUAUAUCAAAAUACAACAGUUUCAUCUCCAGCAUAUCCAAAUACAACAGUUUCGCCUCUAUCAAAUCCAAAUACAAUAAUUUCGUCUCUAGUAUAUCAAAAUACAACAGUUUCGUCUCCAGCACAUCCAAAUACAACAGUUUCGCCUCUAUUAAAUCCAAAUACAAUUUCGUCUCUAGCAUAUCAAAAUACAACUGUUUCGUCUCGAGCAUAUCAAAAUACAAUGGUUUCACAUCCAGAACAUCAAAAUACAACAGUUUCGUCUUCAGCCCAUCCAAAUACAACAGUUUUGUCUCCAACUACUAUCUUGGAAACAAAUAUUUCAGUUAUAACCGAAACUGCUAUUAAUGCAUUUGAUACUCCUCAAGGAGAAACUUCAUUGCAAAAAACAAAAUCUAGAAAGAGAUCCAAAGAUGAUAAUGGUAAAAUGGUAUAG